ACACGAAACGAACCAACCUGAGGGUGCGGUGGGUGUAUCAGGGUAUCCCUUGUUUAUGGAUCAUUGAGAUCUGUAGAGCAAACUGUGUAGUGUGUUUGUAGAAGGCAUCAGGAGGGACCCUGCCCAUUGAGUCAACUUCUGACUGCAGUGCCUGGCUGCUGCUGUGUAUUUCCUGUGUCUCCGCUAAAUGUGUCCGGCGGAUGCUUUGUCCCUUCCUCGGUCGAGAGCUGCGUGGUGUUGUCGUUUUUCACGGAAAAAGGAACUUGGACUUUGAUAAAAGAGAUGCCACCGACAUCCAUAAACCAUGAAACCCCACUCCCCUAUCUGCGUGUGCUGGUGCCCCCACUCAGGCUGGUAUCAGCAGCCAUCUGGCACACUGUGCAGCACAGGAUUGUAUCGGCCUAUGGGCUUCUGGACCAUGUCAUCACAGAGAUCACUGAAAUUGUCCCUGGGCUGCUCAAUUGCAGACAGAGGUGGUUGCUGUGUUUUAACUUUCAAGCACAGCUGGUACUUGAUUUGUGCCGCCCGGGUCAAACCAUCGACUUGAACACACUUCAGCCACACUUGGAAAGAAUGCAGCAGCUCAGUUCGUUGUUGAGCAAAGAGGUAUACAACUCAGCGGAGGGAAUCAGUGGACCAAGCAUGCUCAUUAUUCUUAUUCAAAGACUGAUAACGGACCAAGAAAACAGGCAUCACUUUUACCAGGAUGUUUUCCCCCAGAAAUAUGGGCCAGAAUAUUACAAAGCUGUGGAGUUGCUUGUGAUGAAAUUCCUUGUGGCGCUCGAGAGAUUACUAGUGGUGCCAAAUCUUCAACAGGUGGCCAAUAUGCUUGGCAGUGCUCCAUCUGUUCUGGCUGAAUGCGUUGCAUUUCCACUCCACCAAGAGCUCAAAUCCAUCUUGGAACACCAAAACGACUGCAAUAAUCCCAGCAAUAUUGGAGACGGUGUUUGCAAGGUUCAGUCUCCCCACUCCCUGGAGAUGAUCCUCGUGGAGGAGGAGGAGACCCUUUUGAAAGCCAACAUGUUGGAUGAUUACGUGGACCCGCCUGGCAGAGCACAGACCAUGGACGUGGCAACCGCGGAAAAUGCCAGGAUGGGAUUUGACACAAAAGACACAAUGAGUGUAGAAGACUUUGUCUGCAUUCGCCCCAUUAUGGUCAAAGUGUAUAGUCUAGAGGAUAUUGCUUGUCUACAGAAGAUGGUGCCUUCACAAAGCCCUCGUGUUGUUCUGGAUCCCCGUGCUGUGGAGUUACAUUUGGGAAGUAAUAUUAAAGGGCCGGAAGAUGAGAAGGUUAAACUCUGUGUGAGAACGAAUGGGGAUUCCACAAGUGAAGGACAGAGCUCUGCCUUUGUUAAGAUGGAACAAGACAUUGUAAUGAUUACCGUAGGAGAUGCUCCUCCAAAUGAUCACCUAAAAAACACGUGCAUGUCAAAUGUGGCACCUGCAUCGACAAUGGCCAAUGCGGUGGCACCAGCUUCGCCAGAUCACUCGAGAAGCCCGGUCGGACCCAACGGAGUUAUCGAGUUGUCCGAGUAUUUCAGGAGGAGGCGAAGAAACGAGCCCAAAGCCAAUAGGACAUGUCCCACCUGCGGCAAAAUUCUCAGCCGCUCAUCAGAUUUGGCCAGACAUCAGCUGACGCACACUGGGGAGCGACCGUUCCAGUGCACUCAGUGUCAGAAAGCCUAUCAGUUCCACCACGACCUGAAGAAACAUAUUUUAAGAGUUUGUCCCGGCGCUGGACCGGGAAUGGCAUCACCACCGACACCAGACGACCAAACCGCCAAAAGCCUGAAUACGGAGGAAGGCUCACGCGAACUACGGAGAACUACGGAGAGCUACCAGGAGGCUCCCCGGCGACGGAGAAGGCUCUCUAUGUCUACGUACACCACUUAACUUUGUGUUUUUUAUGAUUGUUGAUUUUAUUUAAUUUUUUUAAACACUGCCCUGUAAGGUGAGCUUGAGUGCUAUGAAAUGCGCCCUCAAAUAAAAUGUAUUAUUAUUAUUAACGGAGGAGUAUAAACCAGCCUUCAAGGCCAAAGUAUACUUCUCCGACUCCGUAAUCUGGCUCCGCAUUCGCGGAGUUCGCAGUUCUCCGUCGGGAUGUCAAUUUAUAUGUUGACUACUAACCCUGUAAAUAGUGCUGUAAAUAAACUUCCAUUGCUUUUCAAAUCUUAUUUGGCGUUUUAUUGGUCCUUACAGUUUUUCUCGAUUGUAUACACACAAAAAAUGGAACUAUGCACACAAUUCUGAAAACUUGAAGCUCAUGUAUCAACUACAAGACUCCAGACUGCUCAACUCUCAAGCACAAUUCCACUCUUUUCACACCUAUAGAAAUUCUACAUCACAUUUUUGCAACUCUUAAGCACAAAUCUCAUAAUUUAGCACACUAGGUUCACCUGGAAACACUGGCCUUCAAACGCAACAACUAAUUACCAAUAAGUCUAUCUCACUUCUCACCUGUUCAAACUCAACUGGCGAAACACUUCAAUCAUGUGUCAGAGCAUAAAAGAGGCCUCAGGUGAGCUCUACUGUGUUGUAGAUAAGGUCCUCUGGCCUGAUCGGGAUCAGAGGUUGGAUACAGACUGAUUUACAUGUAGAUCUGUUUCACCUCAUUUAUAUUUUUUGUUGGCCUACGAAAAGCUUUUCAUGCAGUCAGUUCAGCUGACCAUUUUACUAUAUUACAGUAAUAAAUACAUAUUUUCUUUGCUACCUUUUUGUACUUCUGCAAUGAUUUCCUCAUUACAGCCCCUGAAAGACAGUCUAAACAUUUUCUUCCUGUAGUGUUUUUCAUUUUACUUAUCAGUGCAAUUACUGUACUGUAAUUUGCCAAAAUAGGUAACAUUGGUGUAUUGUCAGAACAAUGUUGCAGUAUCAACUAAAGGGGUACAAUAUAAGCUAGGAUUUUGAGUUUAGACCAUUGGAGCUCAUUGGAUAGACAAAUAUGCAUUGUAUCCUAUUCUGAUACGAUUGUGUCAAUGGGUAGAUGAUAAAUGGGGGUGAAACAGUAUU